AUGGAGACUGGUGUGGAGCAUGCUGGGCAGAAAAGGCAAGUCUUACUUCUUUGUAUGUUUCUGGGUGUGUCCUGGGCUGGCGCCGAACCGCUUCGCUAUUCUGUGGCGGAGGAAACCGAGAGAGGCACGUUUCUGGCCAACCUUGCAAAUGACCUGGAGUUGGGGGUGGGAGAACUGUCAGCCCGAGCAUGUAGAAUCGUUUCAGACCAGAACAUACAAUUUUUACUACUCAGUCCGCUUACUGGGGAUUUAAUAGUAAAUGAGAAAUUAGACCGAGAGGAACUGUGCGGCCCCACCGAUCCCUGUGUGCUGCCUUUCCAGUUAUUACUGGAAAAGCCUUUUCAGAUUUUCCGUGCUGAACUAUGGGUCAGGGACAUCAACGAUCAUUCUCCAGUAUUUCUAGAUAGAGAAAUUCUCUUGAAAAUAUUAGAAAGUACCCCUCCAGGGGAGGCAAUUCUCCUAGAACGUGCACAGGAUUCAGAUGUUGGAGUCAACAGCCUGAGUAACUACACCAUCAACCCGAAUGCCUAUUUCCAUAUUAAUGUCCAUGAUAGCGGUGAGGGUACUAUCUAUCCUGAAUUGAUACUGGAUGAAGUGCUCGAUCGCGAGGAGGUGCCUGAGCUCAGUUUAACCCUCACAGCCUUGGAUGGUGGCUCUCCGCCUAGAUCCGGCACCGCCCUGGUACGCAUCCUGGUCUUGGAUAUUAACGACAACGCUCCUAAAUUUGUGCAGUCGCUCUACGAGGUGCAAGUGCCCGAGAACAGCCCUGUCGGUUCUCUAGUUGUCACCGUGUCAGCUAGUGACUUAGAUACCGGAAGCAAUGGGGAAAUAGUUUAUGCAUUUUUUUAUGCCACUGAAAGAAUUCUCAAAACGUUUGAAAUCAAUUCGACAUCUGGCGAUCUUCAUCUUAGAGCCGAGCUGGACUAUGAGGCAACUCAAACUUAUACAUUAACUAUUCAGGCCAAAGACGGCGGAGGGCUUUCUGGAAAAUGUACUGUGGUGGUGCAGGUAACAGAUAUAAAUGAUAACCCACCGGAACUGCUCAUGUCAUCACUUACUAGCCCAAUUGCAGAAAACUCACCCGACACAGUCGUUGCUGUUUUUAGAAUUAGAGACAGAGAUUCAGGGAACAAUGGAAAAAUGAUGUGCUCCAUCCAGGACGAUCUCCCAUUCCUCCUGAAGCCAUCAGUUGAGAAUUUUUACACUUUGGUAACAGAGAAACCUUUGGACAGAGAGUGGAACGCCGACUACAACGUCACAAUCACUGUCACCGACUUGGGGUCACCCAGGCUGAAAAGCGAGCACAACAUAAGGGUGCUGGUCUCUGACAUCAAUGACAAUGCUCCAACUUUCACACAAACCUCUUACACCCUGUUCAUCCGCGAGAACAACAGCCCCGCCCUGCACAUAGGCAGCGUCAGCGCCACAGACAGAGACUCAGGCACCAACGCCCAACUCACCUACUCGCUGCUGCCGCCCCAGGACCCGCACCUCCCUCUCGACUCCUUGGUCUCCAUCAACGCGGACAGCGGGCACCUGUUCGCUCUCAGGUCGCUGGAUUACGAGGCCCUGCGAGCCUUCGAGUUCCGCGUGGGCGCCACAGACGCAGGCUCCCCGGCGCUGCUGAGCGAGCGCGACGCUGCCAAGCACAGACUCGUCGUUCUGGUCAAGGACAAUGGCGAGCCGCCAAUGUCGGCCACCGUCACGGUGCACGUGCUAGUGGUGGACGGCUUCUCGCAGCCCUACCUGCAGCUCCCUGAGGUGGCCCCGGAUGAUGCCCAGGCCGACUCGCUCACCGUCUACUUGGUCAUUGCGUUGGCGUCGGUCUCUUCUCUCUUCCUGUUUUCUGUGCUCCUGUUCAUAGCGGUGAGGCUGUGCAGGAGGAACAGUGCGGCCUCGGUGAACCGCUUCUCGGUGCCCGAGGGCCACUUUCCGGGCCACUUGGUGGAAGUCAGUGGAACCGGGACCCUGUCCCAGAAUUACAAGUAUGAAGUUUGUCUGACCAGAGGCUCAGAGACCAGCGAGUUCAAGUUCCUGAAGCCGAUUUUACCCAGUUUCCAGAGCCACUCCCCUGGGUCAGGCACAGAAGAAAACCCCAACUUUAGGAAUGAUUUUGGUUUCAGUUUUCAGUGA